AUGCUGUUAGAAAUGCGGCGCCAGAUGGAGGACCUCGACAAACAUGGCCGUAGGUGCAACAUCCGGGUGCGGGGAGUCCCGGAGCUUGAGGGGGAGAAAGACAUGGAAAGGCUUCUUACCCGCCUCUUCUGCUCCAUCCUCCAAGAAGAUACACUGAAUACCAUGGAGUUAAUCAGAGCUCAGCUGCUCCCCAGAUUGGAAAAUGCAGCUCCCAGAGAUCUGAUCUGCUGCCUGGGCUCAUAUAAGCUUAAAGACAACAUAAUGCGCAAGGCCUGCAGCAGGCAGACCUGUGAGUUCCAGGGCGCACAGGUUGCCUUGAUCAACAACCUUUCCUCACUUACCCUGGAAGCUAAGUGGGCACUCCAACCGGUAACCAUCGUCCUACAAGAAAGAAGAAUACCCUACAGAUGGGGCUUUCCCCCAUGCACGUUCCAUGGCCGGAAGAAGUGCCGGCACUAA